UCCCCACCUGGCCCAGGAUGUUCCUCCUGCUCACUGCACUCCAGGUCAUGGCCAUAGCCAUGGCAGAGAACCCUGAGGAUGACAACAAGAUCAUUGGCGGCUAUACAUGUGUGCAGAACUCGCAGCCCUGGCAGGCAGCCCUGCUGAUACGGUCCAGGCGUCUGCUCUGUGGGGGCGCCCUGCUCUCCAGCCAGUGGGUCAUCACCGCCGCUCACUGCGCCCGCCCGAAACUUGACGUCGCCCUGGGAAAGCACAACCUGCUGAGAUGGGAGGCCACUGAGCAGGUGCUGCGUGUGGCUCGCCAGGUGCCACACCCGGAGUACAACGCCCGGACCCACAACAACGACCUCAUGCUGCUGCGGCUGGCGCAGCCGGCUCGGCUGGGGAGGGCGGUGAGGCCCAUCCCCCUAGCCACUUCCUGUGCCAGCCCCGGGACCGCCUGCCGCGUGUCUGGCUGGGGAACCACAUCCAGCCCCAUUGUCAGGUAUCCCAAAACUCUGCAGUGUGUGAACGUCAACAUCUCCUCGGACCAGGCAUGUCGGCGGGCCUAUUCCCGGGUCAUCACCCCAGGCAUGAUCUGUGCAGGGGUCCCCCAAGGCGGGAAGGACUCAUGUCAGGGUGAUUCCGGGGGACCCCUGGUGUGCAGAGGACAACUCCAGGGCCUCGUGUCCUGGGGGAUGGAGCGCUGCGCCAUGCCAGGCUAUCCCGGGGUCUACGCCAACCUGUGCAAGUAUCAGGCGUGGAUCCAAGACACCAUGCGGCAAUACAGAUGA